AUGAGCGCUUCAGAAGACGACCACAGAGACGCAAUGGCCACACAUGCCGGCGAGCUGCCGCCGCCGUACGACCUGGACGACCAGCAGCCUGGCAAUUUGCAGCUCCGCGGUGGCCCAAGUUCCACGCUCGUGCUCGACGGGUGCGAUGUCUACGCCAUGGACGCGCCCUCGCGGCCCCUCUACCGCCUCAGCAACCCGCCGUGCGAGGCCGGCACCAAGGUGUACGGCGUGCAAAAGGUGCGCUACCACAUCGUCGGCGGCCACAACGACGACAACGAGCCGCGCCUGCGCUCGCGCCUCCACCACAUCUACGACUUCCAGACAAAGUACUUUUACUCGCUGCGGGACCUGCGCUCGCCCGUCGUCGUCGAGGGCAAGACGAGCCGCAAGCGCACGUACCGGAGCGUCAAGGUGUCGGCCUCGGUGACGGGCUGGUCGGGCUGCGCCGCCGAGGACCACUUCAAGGCCGAGGUGCGCCUCGCGGCCCGCCUGCAGCGCGGCGAGGGCGGCGGCGCCCAGGUCCUGUGGCGCAACAUGGACGGCCGCGUCGUCGCCGCCGAGACGCGGCCCACGCGCGGGCCCGACGGCGUCGUCGACAAGCCGCCGCGCCUCGAGGUGCGCGAGCCGCUCGACGACAUGGACCUGGACCUGCUGGUGACGUGCUGGGCGGCGCGACUGUGGAAGGAGGCCGAGAAGGACCUGCGGGAGCCGCUCACUUGGGACAACUUCAAGAGAAUCGCCGGACAGAAGAGGAUGUUCGGCAACACACCCGCCCUGGGGAGCGGGGCUCUCGGACUGCUGGGAACAGCUGCCAUCUGA